AUGGCGAAAUCGCUUCACCAUUCGCUUCGUCUUGCAUCAUCUAGUCGACCAUGGGGUGUUUUUCAUCAUCGCCAGCUGCACCAUUUUCGUGAUGAACGUCGGCUGAAGCACCCUGGAAACAGGUUUCUUCGACCUGUUCCGGCGCCUUUGCUCCCUCAGACUUGCCCAUCUACGGCGAUUGGAGUCGUGCCUUUGGCGGGACUUUGUCCGUCUCCUAAAGCAGGCGAGACGGGCUUUGCCUACUUCCACCCUGACAACUGCGAUGAGGCUGUCAGAUUUCCGCUGCAUGAGAUGAAGCUGUCAGAUGAUGCCCGUGCCGGAUAUACCUGGGCCACUGGUGCCUUUGAUGGCCGUGGCGCGGGCUCCUUAAAGAACAGCAUCACGGGCUUCAAUUCCUGGGGAGGACCGAUUUUCUUCGACGAUAUCUUUGCAAAGUCAAAGUAUCGACUUGCGACAGGAGAAGAAACCACCGCUGCGGCCAGCUCCAACGUGGACAGUGCCAGCAAGGCUGAGGAGGCUGAGGAGGUGGAUCACGUGAAAGAAAAGCCUUCGAAAUCGACGAAAGAGAAGCAGCUGGAAACAGACGAGAUUGAACACCCGAAAAGCAAGAAGGUUUGGGCCAAGAGAGCCAGCGGAAUGACCGGAGAAAGCGCUGAGAAUUCUGAGCUUGAGCCGCAAAAGAAGAAAAGAAAAGCACUUGCUUCAGCAGAGGCAGUACCUGAUGAGGUCAAGAUUCUCAAGACAGAAAAGAAAAAGAAGAAGAUCACGACGGCAGAGACAAUAGCUGAGGAGGUCACGAUUCCUCAGACAGGAAAGAAAAAGAAGAACCCAAUGGCUUCUGCAGCAAUAGCUGAGGAAGUCAAGAUUCGUCAGACAGAAAAGAAAGAAAAGAAGAAGAACACAAUGGCUUCUGCAGAGGCGAUACCUGAAGAGGUCAAGAUUCGGAGGGCAGAACACAAAAAGAAGAAAAGCACAACGGCAGAGGCAGCCGAGGAGGUCAAUAUUCCUGAGACAGAAAAGAAAAAGAAGGGGACGAAGACACGGGCUCCCGCAGGGGCAGUGGUUGAGAAGGUUGACACUACGACCGACAAGAGAAAGAAGAAGGCAUCGGCUUUGGCAGAGGCAGUUUUGAAGGAGACUCCUCAGACCAAAAGGAAUAAGAAGACACAAAAGACGGCAAGUCACACCGAGGGGGCCCUGAUCCAGAAGGUCCAAGUUGAGAAGUCUGCGAGCUCGAUCGACCCGUCGCAUCCGAACGUGGCCGGUGAGAGUGCUCAGUGGGUGGAGAAAGACUGGAACACAGGUUUCGAGACGCGAGGCAGUGAAGAUGAUGAAUGUGCUCGCCCAUUGGCUUGCACCAGUGGCAACCUCAGCCGGAGCCUGGUAGGGACGCCCCGCAAGGUGCCCUCCUCGAGGGACGCUGCGGUGGCCCUGCGGCGUGCGGCGCCAGAGGAGUGUGUGGCACGACUUCGUGCCGCGUGGAGCAAGAAGGGAAGGGAGUUGCGAGGGCAGAGUUUGGAGUUGAAUGUCUUCCAUGCAGCCAGUGUGCUGACUGCCUGCAGGGGCCAAUGGCGCUGGGCACUAGAAGUGUUGGGAGAGUUGGAAGGCCUUGCUGUCGAGGGCGACGAUGUCAGCAGUAGCGCCGCCGUGGCCUGUUGCCGAGAUCACUGGGAGAUGGCGUUAGCCUUGCUGAUGCACUUUCACCGGCAAAACACCUGGAACUUACGAACGCAUGGGGCUGUCUUGAGUGCUUGCGCUGCUGCUCAGCGAUGGCAGGAUGCCUGGAGCCUACUGACAUGGUUAGAAGAUGCUGAGCUCCAAGCCGAUGUCGUCAGUUACGGCACAGCUAUCAAUGCAUGUGACUGGCAGCAGGCCCUAAAGCUUUUGGAAGUCAUGGAGUCCAAGCGUUGCGAGGCAAAUCAGGUGUGUUACACCGCUGCGAUGACGUCAGGGCCUCCCUGGCCCGUGGUUUUGCAGCUCUUUACGGCGAAACGAGCGGAUCGGCCUGCCUUGAACGCCGCCCUGAGCGCCCUGGCUCGUGCCCGGGAGAGAUCCCUUUGCUUGGAGCUCCUGAGAUCUGUGAGGUCUGCAGACCGGAGCAGCUACAAUAUUGCGAUCACUGCCUGUGGUGAGGAUGGCUGGCCGUGGGCCCUUCACUUGCUUCACGAGCUUGGUGACGAUGCGGACCCGACGAGCGUGGCCCGGGCGAUUGGCAGCUGUGAGGCCUUGGGGCGAUGGAGAAUAGCCUUGGCCUUGCUGAAAGACCAGAAGGAUCCUGCAUGUUUGCGGGCCGCCAUCUCCAGCUGUGGGGCCUCAGCGCAGUGGCAGCGUGCUUUGCAGCUGCUGAAUCGCUUGGAUCACUUAGAGAUCUUCUGUGGCACGGCCGCUGUGAGUGCCUGUGGCAAUGCCGGGCGCUGGGACGUGGCUUUGUCGCUGGUGCACGAGUUCAGGCCCGUCCUCAACACUUUUGCUUUCGCUGCUCUCUUGAUGGCUUGUGGCAACGCUCAGCGCUGGCAGACGGCUGUUCUGUUGCUGGGCACCUCUGAGGACUUCUCCGUUGAGAGCAAUGCCUUUUGCUACUCGGCCGCUAUCAGCGCCUGUGGCAAAGCCUCCGAGUGGCCACAUGCUGUGGCACUGCUGGGGAGGAUGCGAGAUGGCUUUGUGGAGCCCAACGAGAUCUGUCUAAAUGCUGCCUUGAGUGCCUGCGAGCGCGCGGCAUGCUGGCGCCAGGCUCUGCUCUUGGCAUCUCAAUCGCCGCGAACGGACGCAGCUGGGCUUCAUGUCUUGCUGUGUUGCGCAGAACGUGUUGGGCACUGGACCUUGGCCUUGUCUCUACUUGCCCAGCAUCCAGCUGUAUCGGCUUCUGCCCUGGAUGCCGCCUGCAUGGCCUGUUGCCGCGCACAGCGAUGGGAGGAGGCGAUCUGGCUGGCGGACGAGCUCUUGGAGCAGCCGCGGCCAGGGAAACGUUUGGAAGUCCUGGCGGCCUUGAAGAAUGUCUUUGAAAGAGGACAUCCAGAAAGGUCUCAAGAGCUACUGCUCGGCCUUGCAGAGCAUGCCAGCAGCAAGGAAUUUCCUGCCGGUUUGCCACAGGUUCUACGGUCCGCCGCGGCGGUGGAGCGAGGGGACAUGAAGGUGCUGAUGGUGGGGCUCCGGCAGGCUUUGGGUCCAAUAGCUGCCACAGGAAGGUUGCCCUACCAGAAGGAGGUGGCGCUGCUAAGGCAUGUGCUACGCUUCGCGCAGUUUGGAAGGGCGAAUGAGGUCGAGGAAGCCAUGGACAGCUUUGGAGGAGAGCUGGGUGCAGCAGGUGGCUGGGCCAAGUUUGCCGGAGGCAGCAAGGCGGACGUUUUGCUCCAUGCUGUCUCAGGGGCUCCCACCUCCAGCAUUUUGGACGUGGGCGCGUACUGUGGUGGCUCAGCAUUGCGGCUGUCGCGGCGAUUUGCAGGUGCUCAUGUGGUGGCCAUCGAGCUGGAUCCCACGGUCGCCGCGAUGGCCAAGGUGCUUCUGAGCUUCGCAGGCCUAAGCUCUCGGGUGGAGCUACGAACGGGACACUCGCGGCAGCUUCUACCGCAGCUGAAGCAUCGCUUUGGUGCAGUGUUUCUGGACUUGUGGGGCUCACAAUAUGCUGAAGUGCUUUCGCUCCUGCGCGGCCGCUUGGUGCCCGGAGCUGUGCUCGUGGCCGACAACGUGCUGCGCACGGCGGCCGGGGAGUUUUUGUGGCGCUUGGCGCACCAUGGGGCGGCACCAGGCUUCCACACGCAGGUGAUGCCAGUGACAGAAGUAGUGAAGCAAGACGAAGAGGACUGGAUGUCUGUGACAGUGGUGAAUCGUGGCGAUGCCAACAUCUUCGAGGUGCCUCCCAGCAUCCGGGAGCUCCAAGGCAACUCCGAGCGCUGGCGGCAGCGCGCCACCAACGUGGGCAUGGAGCCGGAGGCGACCGAUGUGUACCCGAGCCCGUUGUAG